UUUGGGCUGCUCUCCUGGGCUGCCUUAGAUAAGGGCCAUGUGUCUUGCUAAUGCCGUCUACGGUCUCUUAUCACAUCCAGACUUUCUCUACCACUCUCUUUCUCUUUUUCUUUUCUUUUUUUAAUUCGAGGCUUAUGGAGCAUUUGAACAGAAGGGGAAAAUAUUGACUCUUGCUUGCCUCUUUUAAAAAAAAAACACUGCCGUGAACAUACGAUGGGGUCCCAAUAUCCUCCAAGCCUCCGUUUUCAUCUGUCGGGGCUCAUACUCAUUUUGGAAACUGCUUUCAUCAUUUUAUUUUACUUCUUUGUUUCAUAUGACCAUCGAAGCCAUCAAAGAGACUUUGCUAUCUACCCAGCAUUUCAAGAUGUGAACGUCAUGGUGAUUUUUGGCUUUGCCUACCUCAUGGCCUUCCUGAGGAGGUACGGUUUCAGCAGCACUGGCUUCGGACUUCUCCUUGCUGCCCUAGGAGUGCAGUGGGUUGUGAUUGUGGAUGGAUUCCUCUUCAACUUCUCAGAUGGCGAAGUCAAGAUCAAUCUACAAAGCAUUGUAGCGGCUCUUAUGAGUAUAACCACGGUGCUGAUUUCUGCCGGAGCCAUCCUCGGCAAAGUCAACCUGAUGCAGUUGGUCGGCAUGGCUGUGGUGGAGCUGACGGCUUUCACUGUGACCAGAUGGCUUGCUGUGGAUCAGCUGCAGAUUAAGAGUCACGUGAGCCUGAUGCACGUCCAUUUAUUUGGGGCCUACUUUGGCUUGAUGGUCUCCUGGGUGUUCAACGAUGCUUCAUUGAGCCUACGAGUGGAGAAGGAAAGUUCAAAGCCAGUCUCCGAGCUGUUUGCAAUGUUGGGUACUCUUUUCCUCUGGAUGUUCUGGCCCAGCUUCAAUUCUGUGCUGAUAAAGGAUGGAGCAGAGAAAUUGGCUGCUGUCUACAACACCUAUUUUGCGAUUGCUGCCAGUUCCGUUGCUGCCUUCUCGUUCUCGGUGGCUACCAGCAAAAAUGGAAAGCUCAGCAUGGCCCACAUCCGGAAUGCGACGCUGGCAGGUGGGGUCGCUCUCAGUUUCUCAGCUUCCACCAUCCGGCAACCUUGGAUUGCAAUGAUUUUGGGGCUGGCAGCUGGUGCAGUCUCCGUCCUUGGGUUUGCCUUUUUACAGAAACUCUUGGACUCGCCACUCAAGAUUCACGACACCUGCGGAGUUCAUUCCACCUUUGGCUUGCCCAGCAUCCUUGGAGGGAUCACCCACGUUAUUCUGACCAUGAUAGACAACCAGGAAAACCUAUCCAUAUUGGGUUAUUCCGUUUUGAUUGAAGUUGGUGCCCUCAGCCUGAGCAUGGCCGUAGGUCUGUUAGGCGGCAUUCUCACAGGUUUCUUCUUAAGAUGUAAAUUAUGGAAAGCACCACCUGUAACAAAAUACUUUGAUGAUCAAGCUUAUUGGGAGUUUCCUCACUUAGCUGUUGGAUAUUGAAUACAGCUGUCAAGACUGAAGCAAACCAGUUAACAGAGUGCUUGGGCUUCCACAAGAACAUGCGAAAGUGAGACUCGGUAUCCGUUUUAUUAAAAGUGCCAGAGGUUGUGUGUUAAUCCUUUUGUAUGAAAUAUGUUUGCAAGGCUAAAUGAAUUACAUUUCUGCUUCUUCAA